AUGCAGCGUGCACUGCCCGGUGCGGAGGCGGGGACACCCGCCCUCGACGAUACGGCCAUUGAGGCAGUGCUCGACAACCCUGACGGCAGCCAAGGCCAAGGCGGCCGCCCCCAGAGCUCAGCGGCUUCCGUUACCAUCAACGGCGCGGCGGCCCGUUCCUGCCCCAGCGGUGGCGGUGACGGCGAUGGUGACGCCGAGGGGCGGCGGCUCGUGACGAGACUUGUCAGGGACAAACAUGGCCGGUUCGACUUUGUGCGUGGCUCGCGCCUCGUCAACAACCUGCCCUUCAUCGUGGGUUUCAUGGAGCUCGGUAACGCGGGAGACUUUGCCGCCAACGUAUGGAACGAUGUCCCGGUGCCAAUCUACGCCAUCGUCUUCAUGGCUAUCGGCGGUGUCGUCGCCGGGGUCCUGAGUGUCUUCGCUUUCCGCGAUGCCUUUGUGUCGUGCCGCAACGUCUUGUUCCUGCGCCUCCAGCGGCGAGAGAUCGAGGCCGAGCGGCAACGUCGUGUCGAAUCUGGUGAGCCCCUCCUCGACAUCAACGUCUACAGGGCCGUCACGUUCCGCGAGUUCGGCAGCGAGACCAUCGCCCGUUGGUUCAUGGACAUCCUCCUGGGCUUCGGCGCCGUUCUCAUCUGCAUCGGCACCUUCAUGGCCAUCGGCGGCGCCAACUACAACGUCUGGUUCGCCAGUAACCUGCUCUCCGGGUACAUCGGCAACGCACCCAUCGCCUUCUACGGUCUCGUCAACUCGGGCUGGUGCUGGUACAUCUUUUCCAAGGCCCAGCACCACAUCGAGGCCACCGCCGCGCCCCUCAAGGGCUCUCGAGCCGCCGCUCUCAUCAAGAGGCGCAGCCGUAACGUGCAGACCUUUUGCCUGAUCAACGGCACGGCGACGAUACUGGGCGGUGUGGGCUCGAUGAUCACAGCCACCCGCUGGUGGGGAUACGUGAUCCUCAUCCCUGUCAUCAUGUCAUCCGUCUUCUGCAACGUCUGGUGGCGUCGCCGCGUCGGUUACACGCGCGCGUGGGCGAAGCCGGCGACGUUCCCGGCCCUGGUUCCCGGCGAGCUCGUGGCGAACCUCGAGUUUGCAGCCCGCGCGGAGGUGACGAUCCGCGAGAACCUGGAUAACCCUCUAGAGCAGUUUGUCGCCGACUCGACCUCCCUGCCCGAUGUCCUGGCUUUCCUCGAGCGGUACGAUCUGUUCGACGACUUUUGCCUCCGCGUCAUCUCCUCUGUUCCCGAGGCAUGCAGCGCUCUGGGCGGGUCCCAGUCGACAUGUAACGAGCUCAACAUCGGCGUCGGCGAGAUCCUGGCGUUGGACAAGUCGCUCCACGCCCAACUGCUUGACGCGGCCCAGGGCUGCAUGCGAGAGCUGGGGGCAGAACACUUUCGCAACUGCGAGCGUUACACUGCAGAGCUGCUGGGCACGUACUACCUCAUUGCUGGCAAUGUGGAUUUCGACGGCAUCGAAGACGCGGGUGGGGCGACCGAGUCGAGCGAGAAGUAA